AUGACGAACGACAACUCCUCCUCAAUGUUGAUACCAUUCACAGAGUUCCUGAGGGUAUUUGGUCUGUACAAGAUAGAGACAGACCAGUCCUUCAAGGUGAACUUUAAUAACAGUAGUGAUGAUGGUGACAGUGGAUCAUCAACUUCUGGUGGCGAUAUGCAAACAUCACAAUCAUUCCCCUUCUUGAACCUAUACUAUGUACUCAGUCUUUUGAAGGAGUUGACAAUGAAGAAGCAACUAUCAUUAGAGGAAAUCAAGCACUCAAUACUCUUUGUCAUCAUUUUGAUGAUGGACCCAUGCUUUGUUGGCAUCAGCGAACCAGAGGAUCAAGACAACUCUGUCAAACAACAACCAGUCCUACCAACCAGAGGAAAGAAGCCACUGCUGAAGCAGGAGACGCAAAGCGACAAUGUCAACUCGGUGGACGAUGCCAAACACAAGUCCACUGUGUUCAAGAUCGUUCUAUUGCUCAAUCCUCUACUAGAUAGUCUCUGUCAUGCUUUCUUUGACAAGGUGGACAUGGAGAGCGCCAACACAGAGCUGUUCUCCCUAUUCCAGUCGGUGUGGCAGUCACUCAAGGAUGAGCACCGCAUGGCACUGUGCAACAAGGUGUCAUACGCACUGCCCGCCGUGCCCAUUCGUCCUGGAAUCGACCUUCAGCGACGUUUCGCACUGUUCUCAAUUGGCAAGCUGUUGAAGGCCUCGGACGAAAGCAUCGAACAAAUGAUUGUGCAGCCAAACAUGAUCGAGGAGAUGGUCAAGCUUGUUAUGCCAUAUGUUCAACAGAUUAGGGAUGAGACAUUGGACGUCUUGUUGGUUUUGAACCUUGUGACGCUGGUGGACAUCACAAGCAAUGAUCGUGCGGAGCUGAAUCGACUCAAGACCGCAGAGAAAAGGCUAAAUUUCCAACACAUGAUCAGAACAUGGAAAGCAAAAAUCAAGGAGAGUCCAAAGGACUUUAACUUUGAUAAGUCAAGAAUCAAGGAUGGACUCGUGUUGAUUGAGAGCAAACUGGCAGCUUUGAUAAAAGAUCAUUCAAGCUCUUCUAUUAUGGACUACUUCUCAACGAUGGAGUAA